UGACGAUAAAGAUAAGAUGAAGGAGACGACAAUAAUAGUAAAAGUGACGAUGAUGUUGGCAAAAGUGACAAAGAUGAACCGAGAAGUGACGACAAACCUAGAAUCGAAGAAAAAAGCGACGAGGAUAAAGAGAAAACGGCUUUCGAUAACGACGAUGACAAGGGAACAAUUUCAUUGGAUGAAGAUGCCGAUCCAAUUGAGUCACGAAGCAAGAAAGAAAUUCCUCUGGAAGCUUUCAACAUGGAUGAAGAAAAAGACUUGGGCAGACUUGGUACAUGAAAGGUCCUAACUCUUCUGACAUUGAACGUGGGUACCUGGAAACCAAUCCUCGAGAGGAGAGCGGGUGAAUUAAUGUAAUUUUUCAAAAGUGACACCACACAGAUCAAUGAAAACCUGUCACGUCUAGCCCUCAAAGAGUCCAUAUUGAAAAGGGAUCUCAAACGUCCAGAAGGAAAACCCAAGGGACAGGCUCUUCCAAAUUGCAUAUAAAAUAGGAAGCGAAGAAGCUGAUUCUGAACUUGUUCGACUCCAGACAAUAGAUCCAUACACAAGGACACUCCUGACUAGCGACUGAUACAGAGUUACAACAGUCUCAACAUUAUUGUUGGCAUCUUUAUUAUUAUCCAAGAUUGUAUUUGGGGACAGUAAUUGUAUAAAUACAAUAGUAUUUUCAUAUUAGGUAGCUGAUAAUUGGAUAAUAUACCCAGCAUCUCUUUUGAUAGAAUGGCUGACUCAAACGAACAGCCCCCGGCUAAGAAAAGCCGCCAUGAAUCGCCUGAAGAGGAUGAAGCACCCCACGUUGAAGGCACAGAGGACGUGGUCAACUCCACUACAGCCACAAAUGGAAGUCCAUUGAAAAUUAAGUCUUCGAUAAAGAUGAUGUGGAUCCAGAGAUUUGAUUCCACUACGAACGGGGAUAAAUCUCAGUAUGAGGAGGAUGAAUCGGAGGAUGAAGAUGAAGGAGAUAAAGAUGGAGGAAAUAAAGAUGAAGAUGACGAUAAAGAUGAAGAUGAAGGUGACGACAAUAAUGCUAAAAGUGACGAUGAUGUUGGCCAAAGUGACGAAGAUGAACCGAGAAGUGACGACAAAACAAAAAGCGAUGAAAAAAGCGAGGAGGAUAAAGAGAAAACGACUUUCGAUACCGACAAUGACGAUGGAACAAUUUCAUUGGAUGAAGAUGCCGAUCUAAUUGAGUCACGUAGCAAGAACGAAAUUCCUCUGGAAGCGUCCAAAAUGGAUGAAGAAAAAGACUUGGGUUUGUUUGACAAAGACGGACAUUUCGUUUGGAAUUGUAAAACUGGAGAGCCCACCUAUGCUUGGCUGGAAGGCAAGGGCUCAAAGCCAGUACCAGUAAAUGCACGGGCCAUCAAACGAUGCCAAAAGAUCCGCAUGAAAGUAGUCGAGGAUGACGAUACUCCUAGUGACGACAUAUUCAAGCAAAGGCUCAUAAUCAUAGAGAACUUGAUGGAGGAUAACGAAACAGUACAAGGAACGAUUGCUCGCCUACAACUCAAUCGCAUUGAUAAGAAUUUGUCUGCAUCGGAGAGACUGGCCAACAAAAAGGCGGGUGGAUCAUACAGCUUUCCGUCUAGUAGCAAAGACUGUGAGGAAAAUCCCCUUUCAAAGUUAUUGGAUGCAGUUCAUGAAUUUCCCUUGCAGAGCGAUAUAUUUUCUGUAACCAAAAGCGAGAUUGCUUCUAUUAUUGCUUGACCCGAUGAAUUUGAGCAGUUUAAGAGGAAGGCAUAUCCACUUCUAAAUGAGAUCACAUUUGAAGGAAGCGUCGAUAGCGAGAUGGGAGGGAAGAAAUCCCCUAUCAUGGUGUCCUCACAUGAAGAGGACGAAGUGGUAGAGGAAGAAGAAGCUGGCAACGGAAUAGUUGUCAUUGAAAGAGAUGAGAUGGAUGACGAUGACGAUGAAGGAAAGG